AUGGAUGUCACCCAGCAACAAGCCCAGGACAUCGUCGCCCAAACCGAAGGCGACGAUGCUGUGAUCGAACAGUUUCAGGAGAUCUGCAAUAAGAGAUAUAGUUACACUCCUUGUAUCAGGUUUUACAAGAUCGAUAUCUUGCUCCGCAAUGCAUCAUACCUUCUUGCUACUGCUCCCAAGACACCCGGCUCUGAACCGGCCUCCGAGUCAGUGAUGCAGCCACUCUCCCUUGGCACAAUCCGCGAUCUUCUUUCAGAAAUCUCCAAUAACACCAAAAUGCCUGUACCAGAAUCUAGAAGCUUCGAUGAUUCCCUCGCACGUUACCCAUUCCAUUAUCUCCUCCUCCGCCUGCCCUCACCAAACGCCCAGUCCCUCUCAUCGCUGCGAUCGAGCGGAACUCUCACUCCGCUCCAAGAUACUCUUCUGGACCUUAAGUUAGGAACCUUCCUUCAUUCCAUGCACUCACUCCAAAACGAUUGGUUUGGUGUCCCAGGAACACAACCAGAUGAGGAACUAUGCUAUAGCUGGCAGGAUACAUUCAUGCUGCUCCUUGAUGGGCUGUUAUGCGAGCUUGAAAGCUCUGGAGAGAUGCAAAAGACGUUGGUGGAGGAAAUAAGGCGAUAUCUAUCCCGCGCUAUUGGGUCAUUUUUAUUUGAAGACGCAGAAGUGCCUACAUUGGUCUGGCUGACAGGUUCGGCGGACGAUGUGUAUGUCCAAGUUUCGGAGCCUUGUGGGCCGAACCAGGAAGCGAGAUUUGACAUUGCAUAUGUGCUGCCGACAUUUGAUCGGGUGGUGUGGGGAGACCCGAUGUUGGAGGCAUUUUUUAUGCCGCCAGGGCCAAGCAAAGCGUUGGAAGAAGGGUAUCUGGAAGGAGAGGGCGGCACGUUGAUGAUUUUCCCGAGGCAGAGAACGAAGAGGAUGUGGUACACGCUGUUCUUAGCUCUAGUUGUACUGGUAGAAGUUAGGAGAGAUAAGGAAAAGGGGGAAGGGGACAACAAGACGCAUGAAAAGCUCUAUUGGGCAAGGGAGAUCCUCCCAAGAUGCGUUGAGGCGUUGAAGGAUGCACCCUGUCACUAG